CAGGUAUUUUUAAUAACAAAUAGCACACACCUAAAGCUAGAAAGAGAACGCCUGACAUUAGACAAACACUAAAGAUGUCAACGAACAAGUCUGUUGUUUUCUAAAAAGAUAUUUUUCCUGUGUCAGAAAUGUGAAUAGAAUGUAAAUAAGUUUAAUAUGUACGAGAAUAAGGCGUAAAAAUAGAUUCAAUUCAGCUCUUUCUCACAAGUUGACAGAAAAAUAUGCAGAAUGCCUUUUAAAUUAAAACUAAAAAAGUCCCGACAUUAUAGUGUUGUAUCAAAUUCGUUAUUUGUAAUAUCUGUUGAAAUUCUUGAUGGAACUACAGUAGAAUGUACACUUUCUUCAGAGAGUACUGGGCAAGACUGUCUAGAUGUAGUAUGCCAAAAGCUAAGUUUAAACCAACCAAAAUUCUUUGGACUUCAAUAUAUUAGUAGGCACAGUGACAACAAUUUGUGUUGGUUAGAAUUGGAUAGACCCAUAAAAAGGCAAUUAGAUAAACAUGCUAAGGGUCUUUGUGUAUGUCUUAGGGUCAUGUACUAUGUUAUUUCUGGGGUCAGAUUAUUCAAUGAUGAGGUUUCACGGUACCAUUAUUUUUUACAACUCAAACAAGAUGUUAUAGAAGGUAGAAUAUCUUGCACGCCGCAACAAGCUGUAGAGUUGGCCAGUUAUUCAAUGCAAGCUGAGUUUGGUAAUUUUGAUGCUGAAAGACACACUGCUCAUUAUUUAAAAGAUUUCCAGCUUUUUCCUAAGGCUUUUACGGAUUCUUCCCUCCUAGAAACCCUUACAGAAGCAGCAAGUAGGCAACAUUCUGCCUUACAUAACUUACCGCAGGGUACUGCUGAAGAAUAUUAUAUUUGUGCCUGCCAACGUUUAGAUGGAUAUGGACAAGAAGUUUAUGUGGUAAAAGACCACGAAGGUGUGGACACGUUAAUUGGAAUAUGUUUAACCGGAGUUUAUGUUGGUUACCCUGGCGGCAAAGAAGGGCGUCAUUUUAGUUGGUCAGAUAUAAGCAACGUUAUUAACCACAAAAGAGAUUUUACUAUCGAAUCUGUUGGUGGUAUUGAUAAAGCAGAAUUUCAAUUCAACGAUGUGGAAAGUGCAAAAAAUGCAUGGCGGUUCUGUGUUCUUCAGCACAUUUUUUACAGACAGUAUGAAAUGAAUAAUAUUGAAAACGAGAAAGCUUCACCCAAACCUCCAGUUUUUCAACAAAAUGAGGAUAAACUUAAGCAAAGAGACAGCUAUGAGGAUGUGACAAAUUCGUCGAUACAGUGGGACCGACCAGUUUCUUCUACCCAAAGUUUGACACAUAGAGCACAAUCGACAUCAUGCUUAGAUCUCAACAAACAGACUGAUUUAGAGGCUCUUAGGAGUCUUUUACCUUCCUACCGUCCAGCUCCUGAUUAUGAGACUGCGAUGCAGCUUAAAUACAGAAAUUCUUCAGGUGCCAUACCCUCUAGGGAACCUUUACGAGACGCUCAUCCCAUUUUGUACAGUUCUCAGCCAGAAAUACAUCAAACAGACGCUUAUCCCACUCAUCUUCACUAUCCUGACGUCACGCACAAUAAUAUAGAACAAAAGAAUCUGUUAUACAGUACGGCGUUUCCUCGAUCACCAGUGGUCGAUAACAUGGGGAUGCUUCAUGUUUAUAAAUCACCUCCCCCAUAUCCUACUAAUAAAAUCAGCUCAAACUCGACACCUGAUUUAGCUGGCAUAUCACAGCAAGUCAAGCCGCAUACUGGAUUCGUUAGUAAUAUCGUCAGUGGAUCAAGUCCCGAUUUGGUUUCAGGAGGAAAUUUUUAUUUAAGACAGCUGUAUGCAGGCCAUCCUGCUCAUCCUGUUCACAGAUCGCAUAGUUAUCUGCCUCCUCAACAUGGUACCUACGAAAAUCUAGCCUCGAUCUUUAACAAUAAUAUGUUGGGCAGACCCCAAGCAGUUAUUGUAGAGAAUCCUAACAUAACCAAGCACAUAAAAAAAGUUUACGACGAACAUGGAAAUAUUAUUUAUUGUAUGCCUGCGAAUAUGAAACAGAUACUGCAAGAAAAUCAAUUACCAAGUACAGGAUUUGUUGUGACACGGAAUCAAAAUGCUAUGGUAGCCCAUGAUCACCAUCUGAAUAAUUCCACAGAACCCAUAUAUGAGAAUAUACCGUUGCCGUGGCAAAACGAAGGAGAGAUGAGGGGAAGAACGCAGAGUAUUCAUUCCGCUCCUGAAAUUAGCCAAGUGGUUAAUCAUUCUGUAGUCAACGCAGUUCAAUCACAAUUACAAAAAUUAACCAUCAACAAUCAACAAGGUAGCCGAGAAAACCUUUAUGUAAAUAUCGACCGAUUCAAAUCGCCUUCCAAAACCGACUUAAGUGCCCAUAAUUCAAGUUCACAUAACCUAAAUGAAACUUCUCGUUCCGUCCAUGGUCUUGACAACACGCAGAUGUCAAACAUUCAAAACGUUACCGAUUCGCCUAAACCUCUCGACAAGUCUUACGUCAAAGCCUCAUCAAGUUUAAAUAAUAGUGGCUCAUCUUUCAUUGAUACGAGUAACAGUAUAGCGAGCGAAAGCUAUAACGACACUAAUUCAGUAUCGAAUGCGAGUUCCACUAAAUCGAAAAAGAAAAGAUGGGGAAUUUUGAUGGGAAGGAGUAAGUCGGGAGAAAAGGUAAAAAGCGCUACUUUAGGAAGGGAGAAGAAGAAGAAAGAGGAAGAUCAAAGUCAAGGAAACAAUAGACACAGAUGGUCUACUGGUUUGCCAAGAUUCAAUCCUCUACCGCCAUCUAUUAGUAAAGAAACAAUGUGCCAACUGUUAGAAAACAAACUAGCAGAUAGUCAAUUAUUUUUUGAAUUUGAUAAAAUUCCGAAGAAAAAACAGAACGCUGAGUUCAAAACCGCUCUUUUACCUGAAAAUGCAGCUUUCAAUAGAUUUAAAGACGUGCUUCCAUACGAAGAUAAUAGAUUAAGGCUUACACCUACAAAAAAUAAUAAAUAUGGAUACAUCAAUGCAUCUCACAUCACAGCAACUGUAGGUAGCAAACAAAGAUUUUAUAUAGCAGCUCAAGGUCCUACAAGGCAAACGUUACCUCAUUUUUGGCAGUGUAUAUGGGAAGCUGAAGUAUAUUUAAUGGUGCAGCUUACAGAUCCAAGUGAAGAUAUAACUUAUUUACCUGACGCAGGGGAGAGGUGUAUUGAUGUUGAUCAGGACUACCAGAUAUGGUGGGAGUUCUCACAGAAAACAGGUCACUGCGUUACCAGUAAAGUACGACUGUGUCAUGUAGCUUCAAGAAGGUAUCGUACAAUAUGGCAUCUACAUUACACGGACUGGGGCGAUCAAGGCUGUCCAAAUUCUGUUGCUCAUUUUUUGGGAUUUCUAGAAGAGAUGCAGUCCGUUCAUCAACAUUCUAUGGGAGAAAUUCCACCGGGGCAUAACAAAAAUCCACCUAUUCUCGUUCAUUGUACGGCAGGAGUCGGAAGAACAGGACUUACCAUUUUAUGUGAUUUGUUGUUGUAUACUGUUGACCAUAACCAGGAGGUCUGCAUACCAAGAGUCGUGGGUCUCCUGCGCCACCAACGUGCCUAUAUGAUACAAACAAUAGCGCAAUAUCGGUUUUACCUGCUUCCGCUCCCCUACUCCCCCCACCCCACAGCCGCCCCCCCAAAGCAGAUACGUCGUUAUGUGUUUUUGUCAUGUGUUAUGUGAUAAGUAAAUGAUAAUAUGAAUAUAGAUAGUUAAAGAGUUAUUUUAAUAGGUUUUAUUGUUUUUUAGGUUUUACCUGCUUCCCGCUCCCCUACUCCCCCCACCCCACAGCCGCCCCCCAAAGCAGAUACGUCGUUAUGUGUUUUUGUCUUUGAACUUUCUCAAACACUUACGCCAAAAUAUUACUUUGUUUUUUUUAUUUGCUUUAGAAUCUUUUGUAGAAGGCUGUUUUUAUUAUUUGCUUAAAUACUUCAUUGGGGGUCAUAAAGUAAACACUUAAAAAUGGUGAAUGUUUUUUUAAUGAAAUUCUAAACUUAGGAAUGAAAUAGUUCCACAACAAGGAUCAUUGUACUUUAAAUGAUAAAAUAACCUUAAAAGUAAUAUUAACAUUGUUAGAAUAGUACACAAUUUUUUUAAACCUAAAAAGAAUAUGAUAAAGCCUAAACAAUAUAGUGUGAGGUUCCAAGAACAGUUUAUUUUUAAAUUCAUUGUAAUGUUUAGUUGCAAAUAUUAAAAAACAAUUAUCAUCUCAUGUCUAAAUAACAAAAAAGUAAAACUUUUGUUACACUUUAAAAUGUCAACAAGUGGUCACAAAAUAACUACAUUAUCCUAAUAUACAUUUUGAGGUCAAAUUGAUCACAGUCACUUUCUUAAAUAUUUAGUCUAAGCAACAUUUUGAGCUUAUGCUGUGUGCAGUCUCUGUAAAUGGGUUUCCUUAAGCAUGGGGUAAAUUCUUAUAAAACAAAACAUGUUCCUCAUUUCGUACGAUUGGAGUUUGUCCUGAACAGAGCGACAUCAGGUCCUCAAAUUUUUCUUUUGGGUGAUGCUUCUGUAUACUUGAGAGCAAUGACUUGUUUCGAAAAAUAUUUUUUCUGGCUCUUUAGCGCCAAAUACUCAACCAUUCGUGGCCAGUUGACGCUGCUUUCUUCAUCGUCUUGCCUCACACUUAGCACUCUAAGUUGUUUCGCUUUACCCAUAAAAUCUAGAAAGUCCUUAGAUUCAAGACGAAAAACGUUAUAGGGUUUUUUGAUACGGGCAAGUCUGAUGGUAGUUGCGAUCUGUGAUGGAACGUACAGGUUACCAGAAGCUUUCAGAGCAGUGUUGAUUGCACUAUGCACGGAAUCCCCUUCGUUCUGUCCAUGAUAUGGUUCAAAGAAUUUUAAGGAUACCUUCAAAAUGUUUUUGGAGACAGAGACGAAGUGUAAAAGCAUUGUAGCUAUACCUGAAUUUUUGUUCUGGCCACUGCAGCCAUCUGAAAACAAAAACACUUCUUCAACGCCCCUUUCAUCUAAUUCUUUUAAAAAGAGGUAAACACAAGUCGAGAUCUCUGAAGCACCACGCCUGCUUAGUCCUUCGUGCCAAAGGUAGCAGUUACAGUCACUUGAAGACAAGUUAUAGAUGGUAAAAUUUUACGCCACUAUGUCUUUUUAAAAAAAGGUCCAUCACAAAAUUCGUUUAGAGACAUAAUGGCGUAAGUCAAGAUACGUCACUAUGACUUUUCAAAAACCUAAAAAUUCACAUUUACGUCACAGCAUGAAAUUGUAAUAUCAUAAGAGAGUCAUAGUUACGACCGCACCAGGGCGGCUUGGGGGGGAUGGUAAUCCCCCCCAAAACCAAAAGAGGCUUUUGAUCCCGUAAGGACCCCCGUAAAUGUUCGAAAGUCUUUGUGGAGACAGAUGCGGCCUCCUCCCGUACUCGCAACUUGCCCGCAAUACCGACCACUCCUCCCCGGAUGUCCCGUUACACCAUUCCUCGUUGCUAAAUGCCGGUGCAAGUGCUCCAAGUGGCAGGAAUUGGAGUGCGGCGCUACGCCUUGGAUGGCCUUUCCAGGAGGAACUAUGGACUAUGUACAGACGAUCUUCCGGUCUGUGAGCGGCACCGUCGCACGCGUCCCUCGUUAGAAGGACGCACCUGCGCGUCAGUGUGGGAUUAGAAGUCGAUGGAAGCCAAGGAGACCCAUCAACCCCCUGCCCUACUAAGGAUGUCGUGUCAACACAAAUGGAUAACGAGACAUCCCCCCCCCAGGUGGUGAAGUCUGGGGUCUCCCCGAUCCGGAGUCUUCAGCAAACACCCAUUUGGGAGGAAAGGUGCACGCCGAGAGUGUCUCCGCAUCAGGAGAAGAAACUGUCCUAUCAAGCAAGACUACUGCCCCUACGAGUCCGUCUCCAGUGAAGGGGCACGCUGGCCGAACACGUGGGGCUCCCCUUCCCCGUAGUACCUGUGUCGCUAUUAGAUGAAGUCCUAUCCGGCAGAACAGGUCGACAUCUUGGUGGAAUGGUCCACCAGCAUAGCACGUUUGACAGGAUAACCGUUCCAGGAGCCUACUCCUGUACCACUCUCUCCACGCUUCUGG